AUGUCGCACGGUAUGUUCGAUUGUGUCAAAUGUAGGCAAAUAAAUCGCCGCACAACUGCCAAGGAAGGAUGCCUUAACCCAAGAGACAUUCCCGACGAACCAAACAAAGUGAUCUCGCUUGAUCAUUUCGGACCAAUGAUGGAGAAAGAAGGAAAUACCCACGUUUCGGUAUGUAUUGUCCACGCUACACUCUACGUCGACGCAUCAGCUGUCCCCAGCACGGCUUUCAUCCACUACAUCAACUUCCUGACGAAGAGAUGGAUUCCCAGGUUUGGGGUACCGGAUAUAAUCAUCCCAGACCAAGCAAGAGGAUUUGUGAACCGAAACACGAAAAGAAUUCAUCGACGUCUUGGUGUGACACACACCACACCUUUACCAUAUUGGCCGGAAGCCAACGGUAUUAUCGAAAGAAUGGUAGGAACAAUCAAACAAGUCCAACGAAAACUUGUGGACAAUCGUCUCGACUGGCAUAUCGCGGUGCAAGAUGCAAUAACCGCCGUUAACGUCACGAGACAGAGCUCAACGCGAUACAGCCCUUUCUGGCUAAUGCACGGGUAUGAUCCAAAACUUCCAGGCGACCUAAACAUUGGAAGCGUUGAUCAAGACAUCACAGAAACCGAAAGGUUGCUCAACUUUGAAAGGAGUCGAUGCGCUGCGAAGCAAAAUUUGGAAAAUAGCCAGACGCUGGCGAAAGCCCGGUGCGAAACCGACGUGAAGGCACCUUGUUUUAACGUCGGUGGCUUCGUACCUUGGACUCUCUAUUUGAAGAACCGUACGAAAUCACAGAAUUCAAAGACAGCAAUACUGUGUUGCUGA